AUAUUACAGCGCAGAGAAUACAGACGAAUCUUUGAGGGGGAAUAUCGGUGGCGUGAAAACAAAACGGACAGGGAGAAAUCGAUCCAUAAUAAAUAAUAAAGAGCAGAUAAUAAUCAGAGUAGCGGAACGUUUAAAGAACACGGCGGAAGGAACUGCGGCGCUGAUCAGUACGAGGCUGGGAGCUGUCCCCGGGCCACCGGUGCUGAACCCGGGGGGGGAAGUGAUGUAGAGCCGCGCUCCUCCUCUGGCAGACGCCACGUUUCACCAGCUCGAUCCCACACCUCAGGCUCGGAGACAGAGCUGCUCUUUCCGAGAACCAUGGCUCAUCCAGAACAAUGAGAGCCUUGGUGGGGUUUUAAACCAGGCCCGUGGGUGCUGGGGAGAGUCAGGGUGCCGCCACCGCGGGACCCGGGCUUGAGGUAUGGGGGCUUCGGGGUCUCGGCUUGUGAACACAUACUUCGACUCCCGUUCGCAAGGUUCGGUUCGACUGGUGUUUUGUUCGACUGAUGCUAUAUAUGCUAUAAUACGGCUAUAUAUUUAGACUACGAGGAAGGGAGAUCAGCCAGCGGCCGCAGGACAGGGGCUUCCAAACCGCCCAGGAUGUAGCCCACCCCCUCGGACUCAUCCCUGGGAGGAGGACCGGACGCUAGGACCCCGGACAGCGGGAUGGCUGAGACCACACACCGCUCGUACCGGAACGACUGGGGAGGGGAUCCUACGGAUGGAUAUCGGUCCACGCGUGUUUUAACCGGACGGUAACGACCGGGACUACGGCCUGACUUCAGGACCCGGGCGGCGGGUGUAGAGUCCAAGAGACCAGCGGGAGCACGGAGUGUUUUGCUCGAGCGGCCGGAGGGGAAGGCCCAGCGAGGCGGGUGUUUUUAGGCUCGUUGUCCCCGCGGGCUGGGGUUUGAGACCCGUCAGGUCCAGCCUGGGGAGAACCGUACGAGGACUCGCGUUUGCGUUUCGCGGUGAAUAUCAGGAAUACCAUCAGAUAUAAUAUUAGUUAUUAUAUCAGUAAUAAUAUCGUUAUAAUAUUAGUAAUAAUAUCAGUGAUAAUAUCAGAUAUAAUAUAAUUUAUAAUAUUUGUAAUAAUAUCAGUGUGUUCGCGUAUAUUUUAAACACCCAACCAAUCAGAGGGACGCUCGUGCUCUCUUCACUCAGGGCGAAUACGGUUGGAAAUAACGGUGAAAACAUAUUCUAAUUUGGCAAAAGAAACACUGAUUGCGUCGAUUAUUUUUACCUCGUUAUAGUCUAUUUCGGAUUCACUAGUUAUAACUAGGCCGCCAUUGUUUUUUGGAACCCGGCAGAUUUCCUUGUCGCUCAGAAACCGAACUUCCCUCCCUGGCCCGAGCGCUGAUUGGUCCGUCCACUUAUAGAGUUCUGGAAGGCGGUUUUAAACGGGCUCAAGGCCGCGGGAAACAUGAGGUGAGCUCGCGAGAUCGAGACGGUAUCGCGAGGCUACCUUAGAACGUGGUGGUCGCAGGAUUUGGACAAAAAUAAACAAAAGAAUGCGACUUGGGAGUACACCGGCUGGUCAACGGAAGAGGAACUCCGCUGCCAAAAUAAGAGUAGGCGGCUGGGGGGACGCAACAGGACGCUGCAGCUGCCGCUUCACUUAUCGCUUCUCCGUCGCCGCGUCCCGCAGCGAUCUGAAGGUUCAUCCGCCGUUCAAAUUGGAGGCGCGGCGUACGAGCAGCAGCCGCAUGAGCGAACUGCCACAACCGCCAUACCGCGAUGCGCUUAGCAGUGUCAUCACCUGUACAAGAGACCCGCUCACAGCCGAACCGUCUUCACCUCCACCCAAAGCCCGAGUGACCCAAGCCCCCCGCCCCCAAGCCCCCUGCGGGCCAGAGGUGGAUGAGAAGGAGAGGGAGGAGGAGGAGGAGGAAGAGGAGAAGGGGAGCCGGGAGGAGAAGUUUCACGACGACAUGUCCAUCAACAGCCUGAACGACAGCGGCGCCCGCACGCCGCUCUGCCGCAUCUGCUUCCAGGGUCCGGAGCAGGGGGAGCUGCUGAGCCCGUGCCGCUGCAGUGGCUCGGUGCGCUGCAGUCACGAGCCCUGCCUGGUGAAGUGGAUCAGCGAGAGGGGCUCCUGGAGCUGUGAGAUCUGCUACUACAAGUACCACGUGGUCAGCAUCAGCACCAAGAACCCCCUGCAGUGGCGCUCCAUCACCCUGACGGUGAUUGAGCGCGUGCAGAUGGCGGCGGCCCUGCUCGGCUCCCUCUUCCUGCUGGCGUCCGUCUCCUGGCUGGUGUGGUCGUCGCUCAGCCCCAACGCCCGCUGGCAGCGCCGCGACCUGCUCUUCCAGAUCUGCUACGCCAUGUACGGCUUCAUGGACCUGGUCUGCAUAGUGCUCAUCAUCCACGAGGGCCCGUCCGUCUUCCGGAUCUUCCACCGGUGGCAGGCAGUCAACCAGCGCUGGAAGGUCCUCAACUACGACAAGGCCCGGGACCUGGCGGAGCAGCAGAAGCCGGAUGCCCCCCCCAGGAGACAACCCCCCCUGCCGGCCCCCAGCGGACGGGCCGGGGCCCCCCCGUCGCCCAGCCCGCCCCGGCACAGACAGACGGGCACCGCCCCCUCCUCGCGCUCCUCGGCUCUCCUGGCCGCCGUCGCCAUGACGAUGACCCCGGCCCACCCAGGCGUGACCUCCUCGCCCGACCCGGAGGAAGAGGAGGAGGAGCGGGGGGGGCCAGCCGUGGAGGAGUCAGAGGUCACGCCCACGACGGCGGGGGGGGGUGACGGCGGGGUCCGAAGGGGAGAACCACCUCCACCAACACAGGGAAGGUGGAGGUGGUGGAGGUGAAGGUGGUGGAGGUGGAGGAAGUGGAGGAGGAGGAGGGGGCUACCGCUGGACCUACAGCAUGCUGCACCUCCUGGGGCAGCGGGGGGCCCCGGGACCCCAGGCCCGGAGCCCCAGCCCACCUCCUCCAAGCCCCCAGACCCAGGGACCCAGAGACCCCAACAGGGAGCUGGUGAUGAGGGUCACCUCGCUGUGAGGGGGGCCGGGGGCGGGGGGGGGGGGGGGGGGGGCUCCAGCGAAGGAACAAAAUAAAACUCUAAACUAAAACAUGUGGAGGUCGGAGGACGGAGGGAGUCAGUGUGGUGACUGCAGAGACCCCCGCUUUGGGGGAGUACAGGGACAAGAG